GCAGGGCGCGGUCUCUGAUCUCUCGGAUGUCUCCCAUUUCCAUGUCAGCUGAGGGACGCCGAGCGCGCCAGCCCAACGGGAGGAAACCAGACCGCUGCGGGGACAUCCCUCAGACCGCGACUCCAGACUGCAGCGCGCUCCUGCUCCUGUUCCAUGCGCACCAACCGCGGACGCUUGCGGACGCUUCUCACAGCUAGGGAGCAGCUCGGCUUUGAAGCCUCCUGCCAAGAUAAACGGCCCUGCCCUAUUUAUUCCCGUGUCUCCACGUGCACUCAGAGACGCGCUCCUUCCUGGCGACGAGAGUGGAAGAGAGAGAGAGUUCUGCGCGCUGGCACACUGGUCUGGGUUACGCACUGAUCUUACGCUCAAAACAACACCACCACCGCGGAACCACGGCUCGUGUGGAAUGAGUUUUUGCGCGCCGGGGAUGGCGGUGCCCGCUGAUCCGGUAAUACCGUGUUAGAACCCUCGUCCUCCUCCCCCUUCAUCAGCCCCAAAGAGGGGCAAGAAGCCGCGAUCAGGGGGAGGGGGGUGCUCUGAUUCUCACCUUUACCUGUUUCUCCCACUCCGCAUCGGAGUGCCCGUGGCAUAGGUGGAAUGCGACUCGCCACGGCGGUGACGUUUCUCACCGGCUGCGCCUUGAUUCUCUCGUCGGGCAUCGGGGGCUGCGGCCCGGGCAGAGGUUACGGGAAGAGGCGGCCACCGAGAAAGCUAACCCCGCUCGCCUACAAACAGUUCAGCCCUAACGUGGCUGAGAAAACACUGGGCGCGAGCGGCAGGUACGAAGGGAAAAUAACGCGCAACUCGGAGCGCUUCAAGGAGCUCACGCCGAACUACAACCCUGACAUCAUCUUCAAGGACGAGGAGAACACCGGUGCAGACCGGAUGAUGACGCAGAGGUGUAAGGACAAGCUGAACUCGCUGGCCAUCUCGGUGAUGAAUGUGUGGCCAGGUGUGCGUCUGCGGGUGACGGAGGGCUGGGACGAGGAUGGCCACCACUCGGAGGAGUCGCUGCACUACGAGGGCCGCGCCGUGGACAUCACCACGUCCGACCGCGACCGCCACAAGUACGCCAUGCUGGCCAGACUGGCCGUGGAGGCCGGCUUCGACUGGGUCUACUACGAGUCCAAGGCCCACAUCCACUGCAGCGUCAAGUCAGAGAACUCGCUGGCGGCUAAGACAGGUGGCUGCUUCCCCGGAACGUCGCGGGUAACCCUCGAGGACGGGAGUCAGCGUCUGAUGCGUGACCUUCGACCUGGAGACCACGUCCUGGCCUCUACGGAGAGUGACGGCAGCGGCCGUCUCCUCUACAGUCCCGUGCUGACCUUCCUGCACCGCGACCCUGCGACCCGGAAGCACUUCCACGUCAUCACCACCGAGAGUGGCGCUCGCCUGUCCCUCACGGCCGCCCACCUCCUCUUCGCCUCGGACGGGCCGUGCAACAGAACCAGGACCGCGACGGGCGUCGACGUACGAACCGUAUUCGCCAGCGAGGUGCAGCCGGGGGCGUGCGUGGUGGUGGUGACCUCUGACCUGCAGCCAGGGGGCGGCGUUGAGCUCUCGCGCGUGGUGGGGGUGCGGGUGUGGGAGGACCGGGGCGUGUUUGCGCCACUGACGGAGCACGGGACGCUGGUGGUGGACGGUGUGCUGGCGUCCUGCUACGCCGUGGUGGAGCACCAGGGCCUGGCCCACUGGGCCUUCAGCCCGCUCAGGGCCCUCCUCCACUGGACCGGACCCAACUGGAACCAGGCCUCUGGCCUGCACUGGUACGCUCGAGCCCUGCACUGGAUCGGAACCGUGGUUCUGGACUCAACACACUUCCAUCCCUGGGGGGUGUAG